AUGUUUACAAUAUCAAGUGUAAUUUGUGGUCUUUCAAAUGAUAUUUGGUUAUUAUUAUCAAUGCGAUCUUUGGAGGCAUGCGGUGCUUCGGUUUCACAAAGUUUGGAACGACAACCGGCGGAUACAUCGCUCAAUAUUUCGGAUGGCAUUGGAUAUUUUGAAACCUUCAAAUCGUCAUCUGACAUGAUUCGAAAAAGUCUUAAUCCAUUUUCUCCACUCCACUUACUUUGUUAUCCCGAGGUCACAUUAACCCUAAUUUACUUUGGUGUAGCAACUACAAUAGUAUAUACUCAAGAUGUUUUAAUAGCAAAAAUUUUUAUUCGGGUUUACAAUCUUAGUACUUUCAAAGUUGGAUUUGUAUUUUUUUCUCAAGGCUUAGGAUACAUUAUUGGCAGUUUUAUCGGAGGUCACUACUCUGAUUUUGUUUUAAAAAAAGAAACCAAAAAGAAUAAUG